UAUUAUUAUUAUUAUUAUCAUCAUCAUCCCUCUGGCUUUUGCCAAGGCCAUUUUCAAGCCUGAUUAAGGGUUUGAGGCGGUGAGAUUUCGGUUUUAUCUACUCCAGGCAUGUCCAAAUUCCGUUUCAGGGACCUAAACCAGCCCGCCGGUCGGUUUAAUCCAGCCCUUGUGGCAGUUUAUUUCCUGGGGCAAAAUCCUAAAAAACCUUCAAUCCUAAAAAAAGUUCAACAACUUCAUUAAAUCAUUAAAAAAAGGUCAACAACUUUGCUUGGCCGUCACAGCCCAUCAUUUCAUCAAAUCUGGCCCUCUUUGAAAAAAGUUUUGAAAAAAAGUUUGGACACUACUCCAUUUUUUUAUUGUUUUUGUUGUUCUGUAGUUCCAAACAUGUUUUCUUUACUCAUUUGUUGUUACUCAUUUCCUCUUCCCUGAGGAAAAGCCUACAAACGCUGCCGGUGAAAUAAAUGGGAACUGGAUUCAUUUCUCUUCCGUCUCUGGACACAAAGCGUGUCUGAGGGGGAUCACAGACAUGUUGACUCUUCUUUUUUCCUUUCCCCAUAGGGUCUGCCUUGCCUCCCCCCUCACAACAGCUCUGCAAGGUUGCCUUAGGCAGAGACACGGUGGGUGAGCAGCCAAAAGCUUCGUUUCUGAGCGGGGGAUUUGAACCCAGAGCCCCCUGGUCUGAAAAUGAUUCUGGCACCAUUCCCAUCGCAUGCACACAAUAAAAAAUCAAAUAGAUGUUGAGGAGCAGCAAAUAUCAGCGUAGCCAAAGGCUGCUCUAGAAAGCCAGGAUGGCGACCAUCGAUGCCAGUCAGUGGGAUGAAACCAUUUGUGAUAUGAUUGCCUGCCAACACCCUCCUUGCUGGGAGGCAGUCCAGAGGAUCGUGAAAGGGCAGCCCCGGAUCAUGUUGAGAAGCCUUGGCUCUCCGGAGGGAGAUUCCCCCGAACCUGAAGAUGAACUGCCGACACUAAAGAUUGUGGACCUUCCCCUCAACUAUUCUCAAAGAAAUCAGAUAAGAUGUGCUGAAAGUUUGCUUUCCAUCUCAAAAACUAUCUCAAGCAUCAAAGGUUCUAGAAGUUACUCGAAUACCACCCUGAACAAUGCUUUGAUGCCCCCAAUUUCACGAAUCAGUUCCGAAAGGUAUCCCUUCCCAGGACUGAACUCCAGGAUGGAAACUCGGGCUUCCCACUUCACACCGAUAAGUUUCACCGGCUUGAGGCAAGCUGAGAAUGUGCAGGUGAUGGACUUCAGUGAGUCGGCUGUGCAUGGGCUGUGCACACACCUGCCCCCCUGUGGAAGCUUGGUGGUCACAUGGGUUCCAGACAGGCGCCACAGGCUUCUGCGACCUGAGAAGCCGGCCACAAGAGGAGUGCGGGUGAAAGACCUUGCUUCAGAAAGCACCCUCAUGGUUGUGGAGAAGAAGGAGAUGAAAAGAAAAAAAUCGAAUAAAGUUCCUACAGGUGGUCAGCCCUACCUCCUUCAUCUAAGGAAGAAGCCAAAGGAACCUGCCAAUAUGCCAAGUAUCCUUGCAGGUAAAGAAAAGGAUCCCAAGGGAAGCCUCCUUGUGAGUAAAGAAAGGGACCCCAAGGGAAGCCUCCUGGGGGAGAAGAGCUUCUCAUCCUGUCACUCGCAGCUGGCUCCUGUUGCGCCCCCCCUGCCUCGCUGCAAGAGCCUCCUGCAUCUAGAGAACAGGAGGGGGGAAGUGGCAGCCAGGAAGGAGGAGCUGGAGUCCCUCUUCACUGUGCAGAAGGCACCCAGUGCAAUGAUUCCCAUGAAAGAAAAUCUCCUGAGACGGACCCCAAGCCAACUAAAGUUUGCCUUAAGAGACUCUGUGGCUUUCAGGCGUCCGAUGCCAAUGCUGGUAGAGCAGCAGGAAGUUGUGGAUCCCCCUUGCAGUGGAGGAGGAGGAGGAGGUGGCCUCCCAGACAAGGCCCAGCUCCACCAGGAAGGCAUAAGUGCUGUCAGAGCAGGGCAGAUCUCUCAGCCUGCAGAAAACAGCAGAGCACAGGUGCCGCCGUCGUCGUCACCAGCAUCGGCUGCCUCUGCUGCUGAUGGGCAAAAGCCCUCGGUCAAGUUUGAGUCGCACAAGAGCAGCACGGGCGCUUUGCACAUGGAGGCUGAUGGAGAGUUCUGGCUCAAGAGAGUGGCUCAGAAACAAGAGAAGACCCUCUUUCAGUUCCAGUCCAUAAAUCCUCCUCCUCCUCCCCCCUCCCCACUCAUGUCUGAGACCAGCGAUUAAGCUCUAGGCCUGGCUUGAAGUGAAAAGGCAGCGGGGGGGGGGGCAUGUGUAGGCAGCAGCCUACCGUAGAAAUGGGUUUUUAUUCCCCUUUAUGGGGAUCCCUGGUUGCUCUUCUUGGACUUGGAAUCAUUAAAAUCCCAGCUCUUCCACUUUCCUGCCUGUGUGGCCUUGUCUCCAGAGGAAAAGUCUAUGAGAAUAGCUUCUUAUAACAGCGCAAAGGUAGGAAGGGUGGUCACACCUUAGGAUCUUCCACUUCAUCAGGUGCAUGAAGUAGCCUGAGAAGAACACUGGAGAAUAAACCAAACUUGAAAACUGA